AUGGAGCAACCGUCGAACGUGACCCGCACGCAGUCGCACCGCCGGCGCCCAUCGCUCCAGUUACCACCUGCCGCCUCCCCGCGUGCCAUCCCGCUUCCUUCACCGCGGGCGAUCCCAACGACCUCGCCCCGUCCGAUACCCAUCACUAGCCCGCGCGCAGUUCCCCUCCCGGUCCCCCAGCGCCAUGGUAGCUUUGUUGGCUCGUACGGCUCCAUGACUGACUUUACGUCAAUGUCGCCUCGAGCUCUCCGCCGGCGCAGCAUGAGCGGGAGCUUUAGCGGCUCGGCGUCGCUCGGCAACUCGUUUGUCCUCGGGCCGUCGGUCACGGAUGAACUCGAUAGCUGGCUCGACGUCACGGCCGAGGACGUGCUCAAGGAAGCUGACGUCGAGACACCACACGUCACUGGCGACACUGGGCUUGAGAAGGCCACGGAGCUCCUCCUCAGUAGCGACGCCAACUGCCUCCUCGUCGAGAUUGGCGGGGGCUAUGGCCUCUUUGACUACUCGGACCUCAACACUGUCCUCCUCUUGGUCCUGAUCUCGGCAUCGCAGGGCGUCACUGACGACGUGUUCGACGACCGCUCGCGCGAGCUAGUCAACUAUUUCAAGCGCGGUAUCCGUUUCGGCAUCGGCGCCGUGUGCGACAUCUCGCAGAAGAAUCCUUGCCACUCAUUCCCACCUCACACGCCUCUGCGGCGUCUACUGCCGCUCUUCGCUUCCGGCAUCCACCGCGUUGUCAUUACCGGUGAAACACCGCAGAUCCUCACUGCGUUGGCGCUACUGGCGCACCUCACGCGCAAGCCGCCACCCAUCUUCCGCAUGCCGCUCGGUGAAGUCGACCUGCCUCUGCACCAGCUCGUCUCGCUGCCGCAGACUGCGACGGUACUCGACGCGAUGCAGGUCAUGAGCCUGAACGGCCUCAGCGCGAUCGGUGUCACGAACGGCGAGCCAGACCGUGAGGGCGAGCUCGACUCGCUCGUCGGCGUCGUUACCGCCACCGACUGUGCCAAGGCCGUCGUCCCCAGUGAAGGCAAGCAGGCGCUUGAGAUGGGCCUCUCGGACAUGUGCAAGGGCGUGCUCUCCAAGUAUCCUGGAGGCGACCUCGGAGAGGAGCGCGUCCCAGUCCACACCAUCACACCGGCCACGACAGUGCUGCACGCGGCGAGCCUUAUCCUUGCGACCAGUUCCGUGCGCGUGUUCAUGCGCACCCCACCAGCGGCCUCCCCACCCCUAUCACCCGUUUCGUCCCUGGACAGGUUCAGCCCGCCUGCCUCGCCGAGUCUGGACGGUGCUGCCGUUGGCCUCCCCACCCCGCCACCCACUGUACUGUCAUCUCAGUACGUCAUCUCGGUUCUAGACAUCCUCGCGUGUCUUGCACGUUCGGCCCCGGGCAAGCUGUCACCCUUUGAGCCUACGCUGGGCCCCGAGUCUUGGGACAUGCUUCCCGACAGUGUUAGCCGGCGGCGUCGGCGUGCCAGCAGUUCGAUCACUGGCUUCGCGACAUGGCGCUGGGCCGGCGACCUCGCACCCUUCUAA